CCCAAUUCUUCCUUUGGCCUUGCACCUAAAGAAAAGAAAACACAUAGCUCAAUCAUUCUAUUUUUGAUAUAGAGUUAUAGCUCAAGUGGCAGUUGUUGAUACCUAUAGCUAACUUUCUUAAAACCUACCUUGUCAUUUCAUUUCUUUCAUGCUCUUCUUCUUCCUUAAUUAUCAUCUUCUUUUGCUGAAGAAGAAGAAUUAAUAUGAGUACAGCAAGAUUUAUCAAGUGUGUGACUGUAGGGGAUGGAGCUGUAGGGAAGACAUGUAUGCUCAUUUCCUACACUAGCAAUACCUUUCCAACGGAUUAUGUUCCAACUGUGUUUGAUAACUUCAGUGCCAACGUCGUGGUGGAUGGUAGUACAGUCAAUCUCGGCCUAUGGGACACUGCAGGACAAGAGGAUUACAACAGGCUGAGGCCUCUGAGUUAUAGAGGAGCUGAUGUGUUUUUGUUGGCCUUUUCUCUCGUCAGCAAGGCCAGUUAUGAAAACAUCCAUAAGAAGUGGAUUCCUGAGCUAAGGCAUUACGCUCCCAACGUACCCAUUGUGCUUGUAGGGACAAAACUAGAUUUACGCGACGACAAGCAGUACUUGAGCGAUCAUCCAGGAUCAGCGCCUAUAACAACAGCUCAGGGAGAGGAAUUGAAGAAGAUGAUUGGCGCUGCCACUUACAUAGAAUGCAGUUCCAAAACUCAGCAGAAUGUGAAGGCUGUGUUUGAUGCUGCAAUAAAGGUUGCUUUGCGGCCCCCAAAGCCAAAGAAAAAGCCCCGCAAGCAGCGGACGUGUUCUUUCCUUUAAGAUUUUAAAUACUGUCGAAUUGCCUUCCUUUCAAAUUGUUUCACAAUUGGAUUGUAUAUCACAUUUUUUUUUUUUUGGGUUAUAUUUCUCAUAAAUACUAUUUGAAGCCAUGGAAGAUCUCCUUCACGCCGAGAUCGUUAGAUUUUGUUAUAUAUGCUGCUAAAUGAAUUUUAGUAUUUGCAGUAUAUUUCAUUUUAUCUUU